UAAACUUAGGGAAUGAAUAAUUUGCAAAAUGCCGAUAAUCGAUAAAUUUAACUAAAACAAAAUUAUAUACUUUAUGGUCCGGUGAGAAAGUAUGAUGCUAUCAGCCUCACAUAUACUAUCGAUAAUGGCUUUAGUUUUGAUUGCAGAACCAACUAGGGUGAACAGAGGCGCCAACAUCCGAUUGAAGAAUACAGCAGACAACGUACAUAUUCUACGAGAUCAGGAAUAGGAUAAUAAGUUAGCGAUGGCAUCAAAGGCAAGGCUGAUAAACUUUUUGAGCGAGGAGCGGUACGCAGUGCUAUCGGCGCGCUACGCGGCUUUCCACGAGGCCAUGAACGACCCUGCGCAGCCCGUAGUGCGCGUCUACGACCCCCUCGUACCAAACCACUUGCGCGAGCUGCUGCUCGUCAGAGAGGUCAGCGCGGAGCUGCAGCAGAAAAAACAAGAUAGUUUGAAGCCUGCGGCAGCGAAAGCUGUGAAUGUCAACUAAAUGCAGGGCCAGAAACCUAAAGCGCUCGGAAAAAGAAAACAAAAACAAUCAAAUACAAGUAUUUUUAACUACAUUUAUGUCUUACAUGUGUAUGUACGUAGGUAUGUACUUUGAAUACAGUCGGAGAAUUUCGCGGUGCGCCACCUUAAAACUAGUCGUUUGAAAGCAUCGACACGAUGAAGCGGACAAUAACCAAUUAUUACGCAGCUGAAAUGUCUAUAUGAGAAAAGGUCGUUCAGUGGUACACGGCUAACAAAUAUUGCUAUUUUUUUCCCGUCAUUUGCGCAACUCACUGUUACUUAAUUGGUUAUUUGUAAAAAGAAGCGGAGUUUGUCUCGUUGCAAAGUACAAUUUUCGUGUAACUGGAACACUGCAGAUUUCCACGACUGUACCUAAAAUCAAAUCUGUAAAUAAUUGUAGUCUUAUUCGCACCUAUUUUUAUCACGAGCAUGAAUUGUAGAUUUGUGUCAUAAUGUAUUUUAUUUAAGAAAGUCACAUUUAAAUGAGUAAAAAAAGCUUGUUAAAUCAUGCUUAUUAAAUUGUAUCUACAUAUUUAAAAAUAGUUUAGUAAAAACUGAAUAGUGAACACAAACAUUAAUCUGUUUAAUUAAUUUUAUACUUAUUAUUAAUGUAAUAAUUGACAAUU